GUCUCCAUGACAACGCAUUCAGAAUUUCCGGGUUGGGGCUGGCCCCGGACUACGCAUGCGUGCAGUCAGUCGGUGUUGGAACUCCGGGGCUUCCGUAGAGCCAAACAUGGCCGCUGCAGUGCUGCGAGAGUUGGGUGCACUGUGGGUACCUAACCUGAGGACCUGGGCAACGCAGACGCUGCGAGUCUUACCCCAAUCAUGUAUCCAUACAAGUGCUUCUCUUGAUGUUUCUCAAAGAUGGGAGAAGAAGAAUAAAAUUGUUUACCCACCACAACUGCCUGGUGAACCUCGGAGACCAGCAGAAAUUUACCAUUGUAGGAGACAAAUAAAAUACAGCAAGGACAAGAUGUGGUAUCUGGCAAAAUUGAUACGAGGCAUGUCCAUCGAUCAGGCUUUGGCUCAGUUGGAGUUCAAUGAUAAAAAGGGAGCUCAGAUAAUUAAAGAGGUACUCUUAGAAGCCCAAGACAUGGCAGUGAGAGAACAUAAUGUGGAAUUCAGAUCCAACUUAUAUGUAGCGGAGUCUACCUCAGGCCGAGGCCAGUGCCUGAAGCGCCUCCGUUAUCAUGGCCGAGGUCGCUUUGGCAUCAUGGAGAAGGUCUAUUGCCACUAUUUUGUGAAGCUGGUGGAAGGACCCCCACCCCCACCUGAAGCACCCAAGACUACAUUUGACCAUGCGAAGGAGUAUAUUCAGCAACUCCGAAGCCGGACAAUCAUCCACACUCUGUGAUGGUCAUUCUAUCUCUCUCCACAGUGUUUAUAUUUUACAUUUAUUUUAAAAAGUAAAACAAAUGGUUUUUA